AUGUCUCGCGAUAUGGAACGGGUCACGUACAACUAUACCUCAGUUCCGCAAUACCAACAUCAGCACUCUCAACGAACAAUGCAGACUGUAACCCCAACUUCGUUAACUCAACAAGCAUCCUACGCUCCCUCAUACACUGAUAGGCCUUCAAAUCCUAUCACAGCAUCCAAUUAUAAAGGACGAACUCAAUAUAACACACUUUCACCGUCGCCAUACUCAACUAUGGGGCGACAAGAAACAUGGAUGGGAAGCGUGGGCUUCACGGAUCGCUUCACUAGAGACAGCAUGGGUUAUGGACGAGCAACACCAGACACAACCGUGGCUUAUGAGCCUGAACCUUUGGAACCUCUUUUUGGCAUGGCGCAGCCUUUGCCGCGACUGCCGAGUCCCGAUAUUCAGCAACCCACAGCACGCUCAAGACAUAGACGUGGAGAUAAGACAUGGUCCCGCAAGCAAUCACAUUCAGGAUACAUUGAAGUGCCAAGGAGGGUUGUUCACAAUGGGAAGGAGACUGUAGUCACGAAAACGAUAUAUUACAAUCGAAGCUACGGAGGGUAUUGGCACAGUCGACCAUAA